GAUUCGGUUACAGAUCCUCCCCAAUAAUAAAUUGGCACCGGCGACUGUGAUGAUGCUGCUGUUUCAACACGUGACGUCACAGCUCUGCUUCUGGAUUUGACUGGAGAAGAUGGCGGCCUCCUUAGGAGUCAAAGUUCCACGCAAUUUCCGCCUACUGGAUGAGCUAGAGGAGGGACAGAAGGGGGUGGGGGACGGCACCGUGAGCUGGGGCCUGGAGGACGACGAGGACAUGACCCUCACGCGGUGGACGGGGAUGAUCAUCGGACCGGCCAGAACGUAUUACGAGAACAGGAUAUACAGUCUGAAGGUGGAGUGUGGACAGAGGUACCCCGAGAUGGCCCCGAUCGUACGAUUUGUAACAAAAAUUAGUAUGAAUGGGAUAAACUCCAACGGCAUGGUGGAUUCUCGUAGCAUACCAAUGUUAGCAAACUGGAAAAAUACUUAUAGCAUUAAGGCGGUUCUCGAAGAGCUACGGCGCCUCAUGACGUCCAGAGAAAACACGAAGCUUCCACAGCCACCCGAAGGACAGACGUACAACUAGCUCCACCGGAUUGUUUUUACCCUCUGUCUUAAACCUUACUCUCUUAGAAACAUUGUGUAAAUCACUGAGACGCUCACUUGGCACUUCCGACAGUAAUGUCUGCAACAGCAAGAUUGGUAUUUUUAUUUUUAUUAUUAUUAUUAUUAUUUUGCUCAUUCUGAAUUAAAGUGUCCUGCAGUUAAGCACUAGGUAGUUAUAGUGGUUGAAGUUGCAAGUGUACCGGUAGGCACCCUGAGUGGUGGAAAGUUAUACUUUUUGUUAUUUUGUCCAUUUGGUUAAAAUGUUUGAGAUCUUCCAGUAUGCGUUGGCUUUGGUGGGGGGGGGGGCGGGGGGGGGGCAUGUCGGGAUUAGCGAGGCAGCGAGUCCCCACUUUUCUGUUGUUCAAACGACUAAAGCAAGUUGCGAGACCAUGUGAGCGAUGGCAUGUUAUUAUGUCACUAAUAAAACGGGAAAAGACUAUCUUUUGAGUUUCAACGUUCAGAUGUUCCUCGCUGUGGAUCGCCACGCCGCCACAGCGACUUCGAGCCCUGGCUUCUCGGUCUCCGCGUGUCGCCGCCGUGCGGGAGAUUGACGUUAUGCGCCUGUGUUGACAUGCGCGUCUCCCUGUACCGGGACGCGCCGCCCAUCUGUUUAUGUUCAGCAGCUCUUUGACAUGUAACGUCUAUUCUGAAACCCUUGCAUUUAGUGAAAAUGGCAGGUGAAUGAACUUGGGAUUUUUCUGAAAAUUAAAAAUCGCUUGGAAUGAAGAAA